AUGAGGGAUGAUCAAAACGGACAAAACAGUGAAAACAGAGGAGACAACAUAAACAAUCACAAUAAAAACCAUAACGAUCAGAACAACCAUAAUGGUAAUAAUGAUAACAGCAUUAAUAGUGAAUACCUAAAAACGUCACAUCUACAGAAUAGUUCGGCCAUGGUACACCUAAACGAUCAUAAAAUUACAACAAAGCCAGCUCGCUAUUCUUACAUACAAAGAAGCAAAAUAUAUGCCUUUAACCCAAAUAAUAAAAAAAUAGAAAAUAUUAAUAACGAAUUGCAUAGUGUUCCAAAUUCAUUUGUUCAGUAUUAUGUAUACACCAAUCUAAAUGUUAUAGUACAAAAGAUGCGUUACAUUAGUAUCAUCGAUGAGUAUAAUAAUAUAAUUUCUUUGCAUCUGCCUUAUCAUGCUAGAGUAUAUUACUUAAUGGAAUUAAAAAAUUAUUCAGUGGCUCAUAAAGAAUUACAGAGUUAUGUUUAUAGUUAUUAUGAUCCACAAAUAGACAAAGUUUUCAAGGCUGCAGAGAAAAAUGGCUUUGUCUGUGAAAAUGACAUAAACAAUUUAUAUAAUAUAGUAACUCAUUUAGAAAAUCCAGAACACUAUAAAAAUAAGAGAUACAAUUAUUCCAAAGACAGAGAAAAAUUCCAAAAACAACUUUCGUCCGUUCAUGGCUGCUUAUUAACAAAUCAUAAACAAAAUUACAAAGACAUGAUAUAUGCUGACACAACAAUUUUCGAUUAUUUACAUUAUAUAUACUGUUAUCCGGAAGAUAAAUGUUCAUCAAAAUAUUAUCGUGAUAUGCUUAAUAUAUCUAUGGGAAAAAUUAAUGAAUAUGAACAGAAAAAAAAAAAUGAAGCUAUAAAUAAAAUUAUUGAUGUACACGAAACUGGUGCAUAUGUAAUGAGGAAAAUAAAAGAAGAAUUAAAUCCAAGCUUAAAUUCUGAUGUGGCAGAUUUCGUAAUAGAUGAAAUUAAAUAUAUUAUAGAGAGACUUAAUGCACACUCAGAAAAAAUAAAAUGUGCAUCCGAUUUUAUAAAACAUAUAUAUAAAGAAAAAGUGCAGAACGAAAUCUCAAAAAAUGAGCUUGAAAGUAAUUAUAUUGUAUUAAGUAUUCACCACGGUUCUUUUCGUUUUAGUACUGAACAUGUAAUCAUGUUAGAGGAAAUAUUCAAAAGUAAAGAACAAAUACUUCACAACAUUUGCAGCAAAUUUUUGAAUGAGUUGAAAAACAAAAUAACUGCUCUUAUAAAUUCGGAAUAUUCUUCAUCAAAAUGCACUCCUAUUGUUUCUACUUGUGAAGAAGCCAAAACAUCCUUAGAAUCCUUGCGUACUUCGAGCACCGAAAAACUAGGUAAGCAUGAUCUAAAUUCAAAGCCGGAAAUUGCAUCAGUUAAACAGAGUUAUGAUGGGAAAAUGAUUAAAUUAGCAGAAGCUAUAAAAAGAGCCGAAGAAAUAAUCAAUUCUGUAAAGGACAUCGUUCAGUUUAACACAACCGAAACAGAUACUAUGAAAAAGGAAACAGAUAGAAUAAUAUCCCUAAAUAUAAAUCCACUAUCGAAGGAUAAAAUGCUUUUAGAAGUAAUAGAUUCAAUAAAAAAACAAAAAGAAAAAAUAUCGGAAAAUUCUAACAAAAUAAAAGAAUCUUCUGACGCAGCUGAUGCUUUAAAAGCUGAAGUUGAAGAAUUAAAGAAAGGUAUUGAUGAAGAUCAAUACCUAAAAAAAGAGCUACAACGAGAGAAAUAUAUUUCCAAAAAUGAUGUAGCACAAUCAUAUAUUCUAAAAAUUGGCAAAUUAAAUAAAGGUACCAUCACAUACGUCGUGGAACAACUUAGAUUUAAAAAAAUGGAGGUACCAAACAAGGUAAAAUCAAUCAUUGAUGCUUUUUAUAACGAAAAUUUACAAAUACUCGAAGACGAUUUAGCAAAAAUUUUGUGUGUAACAUCAAUUUUUAUCACAUUAUAUAGCAAAUGCUACAAAAGAAACUGA